GAAUCGGACGUCGCUACCAUAGACAGUAAAAGAAAGGAACUACCGUCUGUCGAAGUCGGAUUGUACUUCCUGCUUUACACUCGCAACCUGUCAGUUCUUACCAUGGGCAGUUUAUAUCUCUCAAGAGGUCGGUGUAUUCUCCGGCAGGUGUUCUCUGGCUUACCCAUGAUGCUGCAGCGGCCCUACAGCCUCGGUGUGUCAGCGCAGCUCCUGCGGACUCAAGCCUUCAUAGAAGGGCGCUGGGUCUCCGCUGCAUCCACGUUCCCCGUGUUAGAUCCAGCCACGGGAGAAGAGAUCGUGAAGGUGUCAGACUGCGGUACAAAGGAAGCUCAAGACGCUGUCUAUGCUGCGUACAAAGCGUUUCACCCGUGGAAGAGUCACACAGCCAAGGAGAGAAGCAUUUUGCUGCGGAAGUGGUUUGAUCUGAUCAAUCAGCACAAGGAAGAUCUUGCCAAGUUGAUCACAGCCGAGUCUGGGAAGCCUAUGAAGGAGUCUGUUGGUGAGAUGACAUAUUCUGCCUCCUUUCUGGAGUGGUUUUCUGAAGAGGCCAGGCGUGUGUAUGGAGAUAUUGUCGCACCUCCAGCCAAGGACCGCAAGAUCCUGUUACUCAAGCAGCCGGUGGGAGUGGCUUCCAUCAUUACACCUUGGAAUUUCCCUAGUGCCAUGAUCACCAGGAAGGUAGGCGCAGCGCUUGCGGUGGGCUGCACUGUGGUGGUGAAGCCGGCUGAGGACACGCCUCUCUCUGCGCUGGCCCUUGCUGAGCUGUCAGUUCAGGCUGGCAUUCCUCCUGGGGUGUUUAAUGUGGUGCCCUGUUCAAGAGAAAAGACCCCUGCUGUUGGGGAGCUGCUCUGCACAGACCCUCUCGUGGCCAAAAUCUCAUUUACUGGCUCCACAGCCACUGGCAAGAUACUACUAAGACACGCUGCAGGAACUGUUAAAAGGGUGUCCAUGGAGUUGGGAGGACACGCCCCCUUUAUUGUAUUUGACAGUGCUGAUGUAGAUAAAGCCGUUGCUGGAGCGAUGGCUUCCAAAUUCAGGAACUCAGGCCAGACCUGCGUGUGCUCCAACCGCUUUUUGGUCCAGAGUGGCAUCCAUGAUGCUUUCAUGGAGAAGCUGGCGAAGGCUAUGGAUGCCGAACUGAAGGUUGGCCACGGCUCAGAGCCCACCACCACUCAGGGGCCACUCAUCAACACUCGUGCUGCAGAGAAGGUGGAGAACCAGAUUGCAGAUGCUGUGUCACUGGGAGCAGUCAUAGUUCGAGGUGGGAAGAGACUGGAGGGCUCCUUUAUGCAGCCCACCCUGCUGUCCAGUGUCAACACUGACAUGCUCUGCAUGCGAGAGGAGACCUUUGGACCCCUUAUUCCUGUUGUUAAGUUCAACACAGAACAGGAGGCACUUGCCAUUGCCAAUGCUUCUCCUGUUGGUUUAGCAGGUUACUUUUACUCCAGAGACAUCAGUCAGAUCUGGCGGGUGGCUGAGCAGAUGGAGGUGGGCAUGGUUGGGGUCAACGAAGGUCUGAUCUCCACCACAGAAGCCUCUUUUGGUGGAAUCAAACAGUCUGGACUGGGCAGAGAAGGAUCCAAAUAUGGCAUUGAUGAGUAUCUAGAAAUAAAGUACAUGUGUUUGGGGGGACUCUCGCUUUAAAGACUAGGGUUACUGGCAGGAACUAUGUCUUUAUUCAGGACAAUCAUACAAACAUUAAUCUAUAAAACUCAUGUAACAUUCUCCUUUUUAAUCAGAUUUAACUGAAUAAUGACUAUGGAGAGACAUUUCACUGUCAGGAUCAUUUGGAUAUUUGCUGCAAAAAUGUGUACAAAUUGUCCUUCCAUCAUAAGUUACUAAUGUAACCUAGUUGCUCUAAAAUAAGAUUGGCUUACACUGAAAAAAAAGCUUAUUUUUUUAUGUAAAAAUAUGUAAACAUCCUUGAAGCAAGAUAUAUUUAGUUUUGUGUAUUUGGGUAAGAUGAGAUUUUUUUUUAGAUAAUAGUUUAUUUUUCUUACUACAUUUAAAGCGUUAGUUCACCCAAAAAUGAAAAUGUUGUCAUUAAUAACUCACCCUCAUGUCGUUCCAAACCUGUGACAGCUCCGUUUAUUUUUGGAACACAGUUUAAGAUAUUUUAGAUUUAGUCCGAGAGCUUUCUGUCCCUCCAUUGAAGCUGUGUGUACGAUAUACUGUCCAUGUCCAGAAAGGUAAGAAAAACAUCAUCAAAGUAGUCCAUGU